AUGAUAGGCUCGAACAGGAUUUGGGACACUGUUGGGAAAGAGAUGUUAUUACGUCUCGGUGUCGCUUUUUAUACAGCUGCAGAUUGUUGUGUGCUUGUUUAUGAUGUUAACUACCUCAAGUCAUUUGAUUCUAUAGAGGUGCAGAUUGUUGUGGCAGGUGUAGAGAAGAAAGCUAGACAAUGGUGUGCUCACAAGGGAAACAUAUGCUAUUACGAGACAACGGCUAAAGAAGAUUACAAUGUAGAUGAAUUAUUCUGA